CAUAAGGUUCACAUUCCAUAGCUUCCUAGCUGCUUGGCUGUGUAAAUUAAUUGUCGAUAAAUAGUUAAAAAAAAAAGCAAGACGCUCGCCGUGCCAACCGCUGUGAAUUGAAUUACAGAGUUGCUACAUGUUGUCAAAAUAAUAAGGGCACAGUGUUGAACAAAAUCAAAUGUUUAUUGAUUUGCAAAUAGGACACGAGUAGUGUUUGACGUUAGCCAACACUUUGAGUGAGUUUACCGCUGCCAGACGGUCUGGAAAUUUGUUUAUUGUCGUGUGAUUUUUUGCACAAUCCUCUAUUAAAAUGGUACUGAUUAUGCCGAUUAGUCCACCCGAGCACGGUCUCCUAUAUACCGCCAAUAAUAUCAAGCUCAAGCUCGGCGAUAAAGUCGUCGGACAGGGCAGAAUAUACAUUUCACAAAAUACGCUGUCCUGGCAGCCAAUGGAUUUGGCCGAAGGCAUCUCGAUUGAAUGGAAGCAGGUGAGCCUGCACGGCAUCUCAUCGAAUCCGAGGAAGUGUAUUUACUUCAUGCUCGAUCGCAAAGUGGAAUGGGAGGGCGUCUAUAUGGGCAGAAACCUCGAAGUCAAUGGACAGAAUGGCGCCGGCGAUGAGCCGCAGCAGCAUAAUAACAAUGCUGCUGCUGCUGCCAACAACGAUGUGGACGAGGGCAAUGGGAGUGAUGAGCACGAUGAGGAGGACGACGAUGACGACGAUAACUUUGAGGAUGCUGUCGAUCAGCAAUUGGAGGUGACCGAGUGCUGGCUGUUGCCCGACGAUAUUCACAUUGUGGACACCAUGUACAAUGCGAUGACCACGUGCCAGGCAUUGCAUCCAGAUUCGGCGGACAGCAACUCGGAGGAUAGCGAACCCAUGGAGGACGCUGGCGGUAUGGCAUUCGAUGACCAGGACAUGAUCGAGGAUGCCCUCACGCUCGGUCGCAAUGGCGGCGAAGUGGGUGGCAUGCAGAAUCUGAGCCUGGAGGACGACGAUGAGCGCUUCGAGGAUGCGGAUGAAUAAAGCUGCUACAGAAAAUAGCUGCAACACCCAUCAGCAACUACUCCACAUAAUCGUAACAUGAACAUCCACAUCAACAUGAACAUCCACAUACAUAUACGUAUUUAUAUUUGAAUCUUUUAUACAAAAAUUGUAAUUCUAAAGUGUAUGAAUUGUAAAAGACAUUUGAUUAGCUUUUGGAAUACUAUAUACGAUAUACUAUAAACGCUGUAAGCGCACCAACUCUAAA